CUCAGUUCGCGCCUCCAAAAUCACCCCCUCUGUGGUUUGAGGUUCGAAGCUUUCGAUUCUGUUUUUAACCGCCAUGGUCAGAUGCAUACUUUCCAAAAAUGUCGUCAUUUUCUCAUCCAUUUCUUCUUCGUCAUCGUCAGUUCGUCCUCUCCUCUUGAAGUUUUGUCACUGCUCUAGCUCGUUGAAUAGCUUCUCAUUACUUAGACGCCGUUAUCAUGUAUCCAGAAAUAUACCAGUCCCAGUAUGGUGGGAUUUUGAGAAUUGCCAUCUACCGUCUGAUGUGAAUGUUCACAGAAUUGCUCACUUCUUAACGGAGGCAGUUAGAGGCAAGGGCAUCAUGGGGCCUCUUCAAAUUAAGGCAUUUGGUGACGUUUGUCAGCUCUCGAGGGUCAACCAGGAGGCUCUCGCGUCCACUGGGAUCAAAAUCAUCCACGUUCCUAAAGGUGGAAAGAAUAGUGCUGACAGAUCUCUUCUUAUUGACCUUAUGUUUUGGGUUUCCCAAAAUCCUCCUCCCGCGCAUUUGUUUCUAAUUUCGAGUGAUAAGGAUUUUGCUGAAGUAUUGCAUCGUUUGAGAAUGAGUAAUUACAAUAUCCUAAUUGCUGGUAUGAAGACUUCUUCUCUUCUAUGCAAUGUAGGAACUAUAGUGUGGCACUGGAAUUCAUUACUUAGAGGAAAAAAUCUUGAUGGAAAACAUUUCAAUCAUCCUCCUGACGGUUUGUAUGGUGGUCACAAUGAUGCACCUCUUGAAGACGCUUUCCCCGAGUUGCGCCCAAUUCCAAAGGCAGUUGUGCGGCAGGUUCAUCAGAUAUUGAGAUUGUAUCCAAAUGGGGUCUCUUUAUUAUGUCUUAAAACAGAAUUGGAAAGAACUGGUAUCUCCUUGGAUAAAGAUUACUAUGGAUAUAAAAGAUUUUCCUAUUUUAUUUCAUCAAUUGUGCGUGUACAUCUUCAGCUUGUACCUGGUAGAGGACUUAUUGUACAUCGCAUCCCUGAAGAAUCUCCUGAACCCACUAAAAGCAGUUUUGUACCAUCAACAAAAUUAGUUGAAAAUGAGGAGUGGAAUCAUGUGCCUACUUCAACAGAGUUAGAUGCUACUUCUGAAAAGUCAAAUAAUGAUGACAAAUAUGCUAUGCCAACAAAAAAGGAACCUGAUGCAGCUUGUCACAUUGGUGGAAGCAUGGAAACUCACAACAAUAGUUUUAGUAAACAUCUAACUUUCUUGGGUUGGAUCAAAAGUUGGUGGCCAUUGAGGAAAAAGUUUGUAAACAUGCAUACUUCGACUGCUCGUGUGAAUGAGAUGGUUAGUAAUGCUACAGAGCCCGAGUUAUUGGGUUGGAAACAGACAGUUAGUCAUGAUGAUAGUCAUGAUAAAGAGACUGAGAUGUCAAAUUUGAAACAGAGGGUUAGUCAUUCAGAAGGGCUGCAUUCGUUAAAACAGAGACAAAUGGCUAGUCAAUUUAAGGAGCCUGAGUUAUCAGAACUGAGACAGACAGUGGAUCAUUCUGGAGAGCAGGAUUUAUUUCAUUGCAGCUCCUUUUGGAAGGAAAUGGAAUCUUUUGUUUUCACCUCCAGAGGAGCAAUUAUUGUCUUCCACUCAAGAAGCAGGAAGGACAUGGCGCUAAGUUUUAAAAAGUAUGGACCCCAUGUUCUCCACUCUCUCAGUGAAAGUGAUCUCCUUCUAUUGGUGGAUUUGUUAAUAUCUGAGAAAAAAUGGUUAGAGGAAAGGCCUUCUCAGACUUUUCCUUUCCGUGCCAUUCCAAGCAGAACAACACAAAGUAAAUUGCAAAAAUCAUCAGAAUGUCAAUUUGAUAAAAACCAGAGUAUUCCUCAUGACGUGGUUUCUUCACCUGCCACUCAAAAAGGGCAUGCUGAGAAGUCUACAACUGACAUGUUAGCAGAUGUUCAGAAACUUGUGAGUGAGAUCUUGAGAGAUCAAUCAAAUGGGUGCAAUAUGGGCCUGAUACCAGAUCGUUUUCUGGAGAAGUAUGGCUAUCAUUUAGAUUUUGGGAAACUUGGUUAUUCUAAGUUAUCCCACCUCAUACGUAGCCUGCCUGGAGUGGAAACAGAGGAUGCUUAUUUCUUUCCUGCAAAUCAUGGCAUACGUGCUUCUGGUAAGGAAACUUCAAUUCUCAAAACCCAAGAGACAAAACCGAGUGAUGUAGUGUACCACUACUCAGGGAAUGAGUUCUGUGAUUCAAACUCUGAAGAUGAUCAGCAAGACUCCACAUGGGAGGAAUUAGGACCUGCUACUGUCAGGGAUUCCAACAAGAGUGACCUCGUAUCAAAACCAAGGCAGAAAGCAAUAGAGCUGAAGAGCGCAAUAGAUCUUGAUUAUGAGCCUGAUCUCUCUGAUGAUGAUUCUUUCGUAUCUGGAGGAGAUAACUCCUGUUUAACUCAAUCAGAGUAUGAUCACUUCUCUGCUGCAAAUAAUGGCAUAUGUGCUUCUGGUGAGGAAACUUCAAUUCUCAAAACUCAAGAGACAAAACUAGGUGAUGUAGUGCACCACUAUCCAGAGAAUGAGUUAUAUGAUUCAUUCUCUGAAGAUGACCGGAAAGACUCCCCAUGGGAGGAAUUAGGACCUGUUUGUGUCAUCAAUUCCAACGACAGUGACCUAGAAUCAAAACCAAGGCAGAAAGCAAUAGAGCUGAAGACGGCAAUAGAUCCUGAUUAUGAACAUGAUCUCUCUGAUGAUGAUUCUUCCGAAUCCGGUGGAGAUAAUUCCUGUUUAACUCAGUCAACCGGGGAAGGGGCGCCAAAACUUAACGGGAAAGAUGGUUCUUUGCAAAAUCUGGACUUAAUGUAUGGCAGUCAAGAAGGAGGCGAUAGUGUGAAUCCGAAUGAAGCCAAUACAGUAGGCAAUGGUCUGACUGAUGGUUUAAAUCCAUCAAGAAUUUCCACUCCGGCUGCCAGUUCAGGAAUUCAUUCAGGGGGCAAUAAGGAGGGGGACGAGCCUAAGAAAAACGGUUCAUUUGAUGCUGAACCAGUCUCACACAAGGAUAAGGAGCUGAUGCAAGAGAUAUUACGAUGCUUGAAAAGGGCAAAUGACUUGAAGAUGCCAAAUUGAGGAAUUCCAGGAGUUCACAGUAUCUGAAGUGGGGUUGGAUCCUAUUACUUUGGAAUCGAAAUUAUGGGAUUCUUGUGACUUAGGAUAUUAAUAUAGCCAGAUGGACUCCUAGUACUUGAGAAUAGAAAUUAUGGGACUCUUGAGAAUAGAAAUUUUGUAUCUUUAAGUCUCUUGAGAAUAAAAAUUUGGCAUCUUCAAGUCUGAUGCCUUGUUGCCAAGGAAGGCAAUUCUCGGAGUUCAGACAUUUAGAAGCUGGGUCCUUUUACUUCAGAAUGGAAAUUAUGGGAUUUUUGUGAUUUAGGAUUACUUCCAUACUCAGAUGGGAUCCUAGUACCUGGAAGCAGAAACCAUGUACUUAGGGUUACUAACAGAAACUCAGAUGGCAGCAUGCUUCUUUCCAUCACGCACGUUGGACAAUUUCACUGGCCAUGGUACUAACCGUUAGGUUGAGGUUGGUUCAUGUCUGUGAAAUGGUUGCUCUUAUGAGAUUAUGAUUCUUUUGAAGAUAUUUUUUUAAGUCUAGGCCACAAAAUUACAUGGGUGUGCAUACCCGUUUAGAGUUUAUUGACGUCCUACCACUUUGAUGUCAUUACUAUAGUACUCCCUCCUGUUAGUGGAGCAUGACUUUUGGGAGUUGA